ACCAGACAUGAACUAUAGUUAUUAGUGAAAUACUAAAUUUUGUCUCUCACUUUCUGCCACGGAACGGAACAAAAUCCUCUCUCUCUCUCUUCUUUCAACUCUCUCUUCACUAUUACUGUCUGCCCAUAUUGAAUAUUGUUGAGGUGGUGGUGGCCUAUAGUGCCCAAAACAUAACGACACAGCAAGAAGAAGAUGAAGGUGGUGGCAUUGGUAAGCGGCGGCAAGGAUAGCUGUUAUGCCAUGAUCAAGUGUAUCCAAUACGGUCACCAGGUUGUUGCAUUGGCAAAUUUGAUGCCGGUUGAUGAUUCAGUGGACGAUCUCGAUAGCUACAUGUACCAAACUGUUGGACACCAAAUAAUUGUCAGCUAUGCUGAAUGCAUGGGACUACCAUUGUUCAGACGGCGAAUAAAAGGAUCAUCAAGGCAUCAAAAUCUUAGCUACAGAAUGACUGUGGGUGAUGAAGUUGAAGAUAUGUUUAUUCUGUUAAAUGAAGUAAAAAGACAGAUACCUUCUGUCACAGCAGUAUCUUCUGGUGCUAUUGCAUCUGACUAUCAAAGGCUGCGAGUGGAAAGUGUUUGUUCAAGGUUAGGGCUUGUUUCUUUGGCAUAUUUGUGGAAACAAGAUCAGUCAUUGCUCCUUCAGGAAAUGAUAACAAAUGGGAUUGUGGCUAUAACAGUAAAGGUUGCAGCUUUGGGGUUGGACCCUACAAAACACUUGGGCAAAGAUAUAGGAUUCUUGAAGUCCUAUCUACAUAAAUUGAAAGAGAUGUACGGGAUUAAUGUAUGUGGUGAAGGAGGGGAAUAUGAGACACUGACACUUGAUUGCUCCCUCUUUGUUAAUGCCCGAAUCGUGCUUGAUGAAUUUAAAGUUGUACUGCACUCUUCUGAUGCCAUUGCUCCAGUUGGAAUUCUUCACCCCUUGGCUUUUCAUCUAGAAAAAAAGGCAGAGCACUAUUCUUUAAGUGGCAUUGAUGAAGCCUCUGAGAUUUCUAAGGAGAAAGAGGGUUUUGUAUUUGAAGUGCAAGGAGACUGUAUACAAAGCUGUGAAGCCACAUUCAAGGCUGCUGCUGAAGUCGUUGAGCCAGAUGAAGUUGCAGAAAAUAGAGUUCACAUUGCAAGAACGAAAAGUGACAAUACAUUUUCCAUCUGUUUCUGGUUGCAAGAUUCGUGCAGAACUUCAGCAGGUUUGCAAGAAGAUUUGGAGGCUGUUUUAAGGAAGAUUGAGCUAGAGCUUUUGGGAUAUGGUUUUGGCUGGGAGAAUGUCCUUUAUAUUCAUCUAUAUAUUGCUGAUAUGAAUAAUUUUUCUAUAGCAAAUGAGACAUAUGUGAGAUAUAUAACACAGGAGAAGUGCCCUUUUGGUGUUCCAUCCCGAAGUACCAUUGAACUACCACUAUUGCAAGUGGGUUUAGGAAGUGCUUACAUAGAAGUUUUGGUGGCAAAUGACCAGAGUAAAAGAGUUCUGCAUGUUCAAAGUAUUUCCUGCUGGGCACCAAGUUGCAUAGGACCAUAUAGCCAGGCAACCUUGCAUAAGGAGAUACUUUACAUGGCUGGGCAGUUGGGGCUCGACCCUCCGAAUAUGAAUCUCUGCAAAGGAGGUGCCACUGCUGAGCUGGAACAAGCAUUGGAAAACAGUGAAGCAAUAGCAAAAUCCUUUAACUGUUCAAUAUCUACCUCUGCUGUUCUUUUUGUUGUUUACUGCUCGACAUAUGUGCCAUCAUCAGAGAGACACAAAAUUAAGGACAAGCAGGACAGUUACCUUAAGCAAAUGAGGCUCCUUCAGUUAGACAAAGGAAGUGUUAUUCAAGUUCUUGAUCCCAUUUUUCUAUAUGUCCUUGUGCCUGAUUUGCCAAAAAGAGCACUUGUGGAAGUAAAGCCUCUCCUAUAUGUCCCAGAGGAUAUGAAUGUGACAAUUGGAACUGAGCAAAAGCAUUCUUGUUCUAGGAUGCCUAGUUAUUGGGGUAUUCAGCAUGCACACUGGCAUGAUUCUUGCAUCCAGAAAUGUGUUGUUCAAGGAAAGAUCUGUGCAGUUGUCUUGUGUAUCACUAGUGAACUUCUUGUGAAGAUUUGUUCCGAGUCUCUAGGUGGUGAUCAGGAUAAUGGAGACUAUCAAAAUUCACUCAGAGAGGCACAAAUGGAAAGAGUAUCAAGAUUUUGCAUUUAUCUUCUUGAUAAACUUUAUAUGCAGAACAAUUUCUCUUGGGAAGAUACAAAGAAUUUGAGGUUCUACUUCCCAACAAGCCUUGGCUUGCCUCUGGAGGCACUUUCCCUGAUGUUUACCAAUGCAUUCAAUGAACUAGCUAAAUUGGGUCAGAGAAUUAUUAUUGGUGAAGAGCCCAUCUUUAACCUUAUUCCUGUCUUAGGUGCUGGGAGGUCUGCCACAUCGAUGGAUGAUAUGAUAACCUGUGAACUAUUUGCCCGGAAGUCAUGAGUCUGUUUGCUUCACCUCCAAUGCAUCUGUUUUUUUGUUUUUGUUUUCAUCAUCAAUUUACGAGGAAUUCAAGAUUAUGGAGGGGACAAAGAAGGUUAAGGGAAGUUUAGAGAAUUGUGCGAAUACAUUUGUUACAACUUCUUUUGAAAUCUAUCACACCUUCUCACCAAUAUGUCCCCUUCCUCUUUUAAUGUUAGUUCAUAUUAUGUAUCAAAUGCUUAAAGAUAUAAUCCAUUUAUUCCAUUACAGAUCCACAACAAUGGAUACUGAAA